AUGUGGGGCAUUUUGAGGACUGCAUUGACGGUGUACGUUCUGUUGUUUCUCAUUCUUAUCACCGUAUUAUCCAUUUACUGGGGAUCCUUCUACCAUCGCGAAAGCCGCUUGUCCAACCAAAAGACGCUAUUGGUGGAUCUUGACAGUCCCAUACGGGUCAACGGGACCGAAAUCCCCGGGAUCGGGCGGGACUUUGUGGACUUUGUCACUACUGAUUCAUGGGCUCAGGCCCGGUGUGGGUUCACAAUAGUAAACCUGCUGUACUUCAACGCUGGUGAAAACAUCACCGCCCGGGUGGCCCAGAUGGUGCGCCACCAGAAGUACUGGGGGGCGGUGGUAAUUGGGCCCAAUGUAACCGCUGGCUUGUACGAAGCCAUUCAGUCGCAGAAUGCUUCGGCUGCAACUCUCAUACCAUAUUUUAUCAACUGGUAUUACUUGAAGUCACGGCACUUGUCGACGUUCUCCACCACCUACAGGUACAGCUUGGAGGUUCUUGAGACGUUGUGGGUCAAUAACGGUAGUUUCAACACCCAAAGUACUAUUUUGCAACUGCUAUCUGCUAGUGAGCAAGUGCUGCUUCUAAGAAACAACGAAACAGUUCCACUAAUGACCCUCAAACCGACCAUCAACGAAGUCGAUUUGGGGGCUUCUCUGGAUAUCAGUGUGUUGGGACCUUCACAGCUUGGGUUGGUGUACGCCCAGUUAUUCACGGUAUACCAAUUUAUGUUCUUCCAGACCAUCUAUAAGGUGGUUCGUGAAAAAAUAAGUACCAGAAGCUACCUUUUCUUCCGGUGGGCGGCUUCAAACUUCAACGCGUUGUUUUUGAGUCUUGUCUAUUGUUUGGCAACCCUAGCGUUCCAGAUUUCCGUCACAGAUACUUUUGGACACUCGGGCUUUUUGGUGCUCUGGAUGAUUCUUUACAUGUUCAUUCUCACCAAUGGGUUCAUAAGUGACACGGUUAUUUCGUUGGUGAUGGCCUACGAGAAACCGUACUUGGUGGCUCCUUGCACGAUUCUUAACGUGGUGGUGAACUUGGCCACCACCUUUUCGCCGUUUGAACUCAUGCCCAGGUCCUAUAGAAUUGGAUAUGCGCUUCCCAUGUACAACACCUAUCAGUUGAUGCGGGUGGUGUUCUUUGAUUCGUGGAAGGGGACCAUGGGGGUGAAUAUAGGGGUGAUGUGGAUAUGGAUUGUUGUUGGGACCAUUGUGUCGAGUUGGGUGUUUGUGAUUGUUAAGAGACUAGAUGAGCUGAAGCGUCCCAAGUAA